CUGGCUCGCGAGCGCAGCUAUGGCUGCGGGCGUCCCCUGUGCGGUUGUCACCAGCUGCUCCUCCACCUUCUCCGGGGACCGGCUGGUCCAGCAUAUCCUUGGAACAGAAGAUCUUGUUGUGGAAGCAGCUGCCGAUGCUGUGAGGUUUUAUCCCUGGACCAUUGAUAAUAAAUACUACUCAGCAGAUAUCAAUCUGUGCGUGGUGCCGAACAAAUUUCUCAUCACUGCAGAGAUCGCGGAGUCUGUCCAAGCAUUUGUGGUGUACUUUGACAGCACACAAAAGUCUGGUCUUGAUAGUGUCUCCUCAUGGCUUCCACUGGCAGAAGCAUGGUUACCUGAAGUCAUGAUCCUGGUUUGUGACAGAGUGUGUGAAAAUGGUGUAAACCGACAAAAAGCUCAAGAAUGGUGUAUCAAGCAUGGCUUUGAAUUGGUAGAACUUAGUCCAGAAGAGUUGCCUGAGGAGGAUGAUGACUUCCCAGAAUCUACAGGAGUAAAGCGAAUUGUUCAAGCCUUGAAUGCGAACGUGUGGUCCAAUGUGGUGAUGAAGAAUGAUAGGAACCAAGGCUUUAGCCUUCUUAGUUCAUUGGCUGGAGCAAACCAUAGCAUUGGGUCAGCAGAUAUGUGUGCCUCAGAGCAGCCCCAUUUGCCAGCAGCAGCGAGGACUGAAUCUCCCUUGGAUCAUCGGAGCGGUGCAUCUAACACAACAGACACUCGGGCUGAGAGCAUUGCGGAUCCCAUGUUAGAUCUGGAUAUUCAAGAAUUAGCCAGUCUUACUACUGGUGGAGGAGAUUUGGAGAAUUUUGAAAGACUGUUUUCAAAGUUAAAGGAAAUGAAAGACAAGGCUGCGACGCUUCCUCACGAGCAAAGAAAGUUGCAUGCAGAAAAGGUGGCCAAAGCCUUCUGGAUGGCAAUUGGGGGAGACAGAGAUGAAAUCGAAGGCCUUUCCUCUGAUGAAGAACACUAAGUCGCCCGCACUAGGAUUUGACUGCCUCAGACUCUUCCCUACUGCACCCAGUUCUGUUUGGCCAGACUUCCCAGCAUCCUGUUGGCCUCCUGACUUAGUUCUAGGGCUGCCUUACUUUUAGUUUUUAGUAGGGGGUAGUGGGGCUUUUCUCCCUCAGUAUAGUGGAAGGGAGUGAGGAAGGUAAUGCCAGCAAGGAGUGACAGUUUUCCCAGUACAGAGGCCUGGGUGGUUUGCCCCAGCUGCAGGAGGAGGCCACCAUGCCAUUCCCGGCCCACCUUUAGCAGAGUGUCCUCUGCAGUCACACUCUGUCACUGUGGAUCAGGAGCUGGUGCCGCCUUUCCUCAGGCUUCUGGAUUUUCCGCCUGCAGGGAGCUUGCCCACCCUGAGCUUUGGUGCUUUCGAUGGUAGGGAAGGAAGCAGCAGACUUGAUUUGUGCCACGCAGUAGGUGGGCCUGGAGUCACUGGCUCUCAGCUCAGUCUCACGCAAAAAAAUGUCUCUGGCCGUUUCCUGUGAAAGAGUGUCUCAGCUCACACCAGAAACUACUGAGAAACGAGGGUGAAUUUUUAGACAAUGAUAGAGGAGGCCAGGGUAUCCUCCUCUGGUAGGGAUAAACAAACCCAUCUACCAGGUUGCUCUUAUUGUGGGGGCGGGGGUGGUUUGUGUUUAAGAGAGAGAAAGAAACUUCAGGAAUUCCCUGUUCUGGGCCAGUGAAGCGGUCUGUGACCUUAUCUGGAGGCUUUUGCAUUAGUCCUACCAGGAGGAAACUCGUCUUCCUGAGAGCUCAGUGAGAUAUCAGAGCUGUGCUGUCACACUUUAUACCCUCAAAACAAGGCAACUUUCCCCUCUUUGUCUCUGAGAACCCAACAGAUCACUGCCAGCACGGUCACACUGCAGGGUGCGUGAGCCGGAGAAGGAGGGAAAGGAUGUGAGAGGUUAGGCGGUGAAGCUCUGAGGGCCAGUGUGAUGUGCAGGGCUCGGAGUGGGGGCUCAGCUUCGGGGGAGCCAAUCCCCACAGGGAACGUUUCCUAAAGAAGGGUGGGAAAUACAGCAAAUAAAAAUCCCUAUUUCUGUGUUUGUAGACACUUGGGAAUGUAUGCCAUUGACCUUCACUGUGGUAGCCAUUGUCACAGUUCUAGACUGGCGCAUGGUGCCCCAGCUGGCUGGUGCUGGCGAACAGGCUGACAGCCCCUCCUGGCUUAGCGUGGACUGUGAACUCCUUAGGUCACCAGCAGAAACAAGCUUCAGACCCCUCUGUGCCCCGCUAAUCUCUGCAGAAGGAAUGGUGGGAGGGGUGGAAUGCUCCAGGCCCUGGGCCAGGGCAGCCUUGACCAAGGAGGGGAUGGUUUCAGUGAUUGGAGCAUUCAGGAAGAGCCAUCAUCGCAGGCAACAUUGGCAGUUAUCUUGCUUGGUGACCCUUUCUCCCCCCUUUCCUUCCCCCCCCCUUUUAACUAUUCUGAAGGUCUUUGAGACAAUAGUUGAUCACCAUUCCAUCAUCUUUGAGGUGGCUACAUUAGCUGUUGAUAAGAAUGCAAGGGAGGUUGGCUCUGGGUUGCAAAAUGAAAGGCAGAAUAUUCUUAAAACAUGAAGGGUUUCAGAAAAUAUAUCAGGUCACAUGGUUAGGGAACACAGACUAGAAAAAGCUGUGAAUGUGAUUUUCUGGAUUAAACAAAGCCAGGUGAUUAAAAUAUGAUUUAUUUAUAAAGUCUGCUAAUGUGUGUUAUGAUUGUUGUUUUUAGCAGGGCCUGUGUCGGGGAAGGCUUCCUUCACACUGGGCGUAGGUAGUGAAUAACUGGAGAGUUGGUCAAACUCACAAUUUUGGAGUCUCCCACAUACAUGUGUAUCAACUGACCUUUUCAAGACCUCAGCGUUCGGGGCGUCUGGAUGGCUCAUGGGGUUAAGCCU